AUGUCGUCGGACUGUUCGAUUUGUAGCUCUAUCACAACGAUUCUCUACUUGAUCCCUUUGCUUUUCGCCCUCAUCGUUAUCCCAUUUCGUCUGAUUUCAGAUACAAGGAGAAAAUCAAGAACUGUCGCGUUCUUCCAUCCAUAUUGUAAUGCUGGCGGCGGUGGUGAACGAGUGCUAUGGGCGGCGAUACGGACGAUGCAGAAGAAGUUCCCGGAUCGUAAAUUCUAUGUAUACUCCGGAGAUACCGAUGCGACAAAGGAGCAGAUUCUACUGAAAGCAAGACAACGAUUCGGAAUUGAGUUGGAUCCAACGAAUGUUCAUUUUAUCUAUAUGCACUGGCGAACUCUCGUCGAAGCCCGUCACUAUCCGCAUUUCACAAUGUUGUUCCAAGCGCUAGCUGGACUAGUUCUCUCCCUUGAAGCUUGGAUCCGAAUGGUGCCUGAAAUAUUCAUUGAUUCGAUGGGAUAUCCAUUGUCACUUCCGACGUUCCGUUUGGCUGGAUCCAAAGUUGUCGCUUAUGUUCACUAUCCGACAAUCUCAUGCGAUAUGUUAGAUGUUGUCGAGUCGCGGCAGCAAACAUUCAAUAACUCUAGUACUAUUGCUCAAAGCAAUUUCCUGUCAUGGGCAAAGCUUGCCUACUACCGUCUAUUUGCAUGUCUUUACUGGCUAGCGGGAAAAACUGCUCAUGUCGUGAUGGUCAAUGGAAGUUGGACGCAACGCCACAUCACAGCCAUUUGGUCUCGUCGCGAUGUGAGUAUCGUCUAUCCGCCAUGUGAUGUUGAGGAAUUUAUGAAGAUUGAGUCGGUGGCUGAGAGAAUUCUAGAAGAAAAGAAAACGGUCCGCCUCCUGUCGGUUGGUCAAAUCCGUCCAGAAAAGAAUCACAAGCUCCAAUUGGAAGUACUUCAUGAUAUUAAAGAACCUCUUAAAAAGAAGGGAUACAACGUGGAGUUGUGUAUUGCUGGUGGAUGUAGGAAUGAAGAGGAUGAGCUACGAGUGAAGACAUUGAAAAAAGAAGCAAAAGAAUUAGGAAUAGAGGAAGAAUUAAGAUUCGAAUUGAAUAUUCCCUAUGAAAAUUUAAUCGAUGAGUUAUCGAAGGCUCUAAUCUCCAUCCAUACUAUGCACAAUGAGCACUUCGGAAUCUCAGUUGUCGAAGCGAUGGCCGCGUCUACAGUAAUCCUUUCCAACGAUUCGGGCGGUCCGAAAAUGGACAUUGUCAAGGAUUUCGAUGGAAAAUGUGUUGGAUAUCUAUCGAUCACACGAGAAGAAUACGCGGAGACAGUUCUGAAAAUUGUGGGCGAGGGGCGAAGUCAGAGGGAUAAGAUUCGAGAGCAAGCCAGGAAAUCAUUGAGCAGAUUCAGUGAUUCGGCGUUUGAGACUCACUGGAACAAACAAAUCGAAAAAGUCCUAUAA